AUGCUGCACAUUUUGAUCCCUUCCAACGCCACGACCGCGUUGCUCGAGCGUCGUGGACAGCCCAUCCAGAGCAUCAGUCAGCAAUCGGACUGCACCUUAUCCAUUCGGGAGCCAGAGGCGUCUCCUUUCAAAGACGAUCGCCUGCUCCGUAUUUACGGGAAAGCCAAGGGCAUCAGCUUAGCUCAGCGACUUGUCAUCGCGUACAUUCGAGCGUAUCGAGCCGACAAAGGAGACCCAAACUACGUCGACUUAUCCACCGAGUCGUCUCCGCUCGUUGCGCUCCCUGCCACGUCCAUCACGAAAGCUAUGAGUGUCGCUGUGGCCUCGGGGAAGAAAAACGAAAAAGAGAUUACGCGUCCAUUUGUAUGGAUGGUUGAACGUGAAGACGUGGGGAAAAUGAUGGGACGACAGGGCAGUACCCUCGCAGCAAUCCGUCAGAACACCGGGGCAGCCAUUCAUCUGGAUAAGGACACUGUUCCUGGGACUAGCGAGCGUCGAGUGGUGCUCAUUGGCUCGGUCGAGUCCAUCGCUGCAGCCAUUGGGGAGAUUAAAGCCCGAUCUGGUGGCCAUCCAGAGGUGUCGGCGAGCCCGAGUGGGAGACUUGGACAGUAUUUCGCCAUCCCGUACCAUUCCUCGGGCUUCCUUAUUGGUCCCCAGGGCUCUACAGUUAAAGGCAUCACUGACCGUACAGGAGCUCGUCUUCAGAUUCCUUCGGCUGAGGACUUACCGCUGGGUAGUACGAACCGCAUUCUACACAUGCAGGGUACUCCUAAGCAGGUAGAACACGCAAGACGUGUUGUUGGAGCGAAACUACGAGACUACCUGAGCUCUAGCAAGAAUCCACGAACGAGGACGCCGAUCUCAACUGGUAAAAAGGGCGAUAAAGUCACGAUCAAGACGCUCUUGCCUUCCAGAAUCUGUGGCUUUAUGCUGGAUAAUCGAGGCAAACUCGUGCGCGAGAUCUCGGACAAGUCGGGGGCUCACACGCAUCUGUUAGCUCCUCAUGACGACGAGAGUCGCGUCUGUGUGUUUAGCGGUGAGAUGAGCUGCGUGCUACGUGCACAGCGUCUGGUGUUGCAGGUGAUUGCAGGGGUCGUAUUAUGA